AUGGUCCAAGAGAGAUUGGACCAUGCCCUUGCGACGCCAUCCUGGCUGGAGUUAUUCCCAUCUGUUAAGCUGAAUAAUCUCAUCGCAACGCAUUCGGACCACUCCCCCAUUUUGCUUUCGUGUGAGCCGGCCCUUCAGCGCCCUCGAUACUAUGCGUUUAGAUUUGAGAACUAUUGGUUGAAAGAAGAGGAUAUAGAGGAGGUAGUCCGUUUUGGUUGGCAACAGGAAAGUCAUUGUGAUGUUACGCAUCAAAUUUCAUCUUGUGCUAAGGAAUUAGUAGUUUGGAGCAGCAGAAAUAAAAGGAAAAAGAAGGAGGAAUUGGAAUGUCAUAAAUCGAUUAUGGAAGCUUACCGUAGCUGCCAUGAUCCCGAAGCGACCUCUCGUUUUCUCGAAGCCCAAAGCGAAUAUGAGAAAGCUCUUUUAAAAGAAGACAUAUAUUGGCGUCAAUGA